AUGCUGCUUUCUCACUUUCUUACUUCUAUUGCAUGCCUCCUAGCCCUUGUUAAUGGCUCGACAACUCCUUCCUCGGAUGUUGCUCUCAGCCGUCAAGGAUUAUCAUCCACUCGAGAUGUGAUCAUAAACUUCGUCGAUACUCCAGUGUGGACAACUAAAGACAUUGCUCUAAGCCCCCUAAGCAUAGAUGCAGGUGUUCCCGACACCCAGGUCGUUCUUGCUGUCAUUGCUAGUAACGUCGCUCUUGCAGGCGGCUUGUGUGCAAUUGGUGUGAUACCAGCCUGCAUAACGGGUGCUGCGAUAGCAGCACUCACCAACUUUUACCUCGUAUAUGCUACCAUGGGAACCUCCAAUGGCCCCGCUCGGCGUGAUAUUGCAGGCAUUACGGCAAAUAUCCACGAUUUGUGGCUGCCUAGCGAGUCAUCCUCAACGGUGUUCAAGUUGAAGACCAAUACAAUCGAUGGAGUGUGGACACCCAUUGGAAACACAACGAUCAAUGGUUUAUACCAUGAAGUUCACUUCCGACAGCUGGGGUCGAUGCUAGGUGUCAAAGCUAUUCAGAGCGCAGCCGGGGCUAAAAACAGGAGAGAUGAUGCGGCUGAUGAUGGUGGCUAUGUUGCUGCUUAUUUUUGGGAGGAUAACAACCAACAAGCCUGGAACGACUGGAACGGAGCUCAAGUCGAGCCCAUUGGCGAUGAAAUUGGGGACUUCAUUUCUAGUAACAACGGACAGGUUGUUUGCGCGAAUAUUAUUGACCAAGAUGGGCCUAUGAAUGCAGGGGUAAUGACCAUGGAUGACUAUAAUGACGAAUAUGGCUUGACUCAGUCACAAUGGGCUUCUGCAUUGUCAAUUUGUCUUGCUGGGGAUCCUAGUGUACCUUAA